GCUGAAAUAAUUUAUUGCAUAUGCAAUUAAUUAUUCAAUAAUCCAGUGGUGGCAGGCAUUGAACAGACUCAUUUAUUUUCAGGCAUUAAGUCCAAGUCUUACUGACUCCUUAGCCCCCCUUCUCCGAAGAAUAAUAAAUUACUGCAGGAAGUCAAGGAGAGCUUGUUUGCUUUUAGUCUUAGUUUCAGGUGGAUCAUCGUAGAGCAUUGUUGGUUUGAACAUGAACUGCUAUUGACUUGUAGCACCAGCGCCAAAGUUUGCUCUGUGGCACUUCUCGGGUUCUUUACGGUAAUCAGUGGUACCAAGAGACUCCAAAAUAGUGUUUGAAGACAAAUAAUUAUUUCCUCACUUCCAAUUGUUUGUUGAAUAUUCUCCUCGAAAAUGUCCCAAGCUACGUAUAUUCAGGACAUGAUGGCAGACCCUGCGCCAGACAACUCAGGUCUGCAAGAAGUUGCAAGUUUUUACGCCAAUCGUAAUGUCCUGGUUACAGGAGGUGUCGGUUUUUUGGGAAGCCUCUUGAUAGAAAAAAUAUUACGGUCCUGUCCGGAUGUAAAAACUUUGUUCGUACUCCUGCGAGCGAAAAAAGGAAAGAGUCCCGAGGAGAGACUCAGGCUGCUUUUUGAAGACACUAUGUUCGAUCGGCUGAGAAAAGAACAGCCUGGAUAUUCACGAAAGGUUGUGCUGAUCGUUGGCGAUAUAGCACAAGUUGGCCUGGGUUUGUCUAAAGAGCACAGAGAGUUGCUUCGAACUACCCACAUCGUGAUACACGCUGCAGCCACUGUGCGAUUCGACGAAAGUUUGCGAGUCGCCGUCAACAUCAACGUAAGGGGGACCAACGAACUCUUAUCGCUCGCACAGGAAAUGGAGAAUCUUAAGGCAUUUGUUCACGUCUCAACUGCUUACUCAAAUUGUGUUCAAGAAGUGGUCGAAGAAAAAUUUUAUCCAACACCAAUAGAUGGGGAUAAACUACUCAAGUUGUUGGACAUACUGGACGACGCUUCCCUGGAGCACUUGGUUCCCGUACUCCUGGGCAAAUGGCCGAAUACCUACGCUUACACUAAGGUAAUUGCCGAGCAUAGUGUUCGCCGUAGCUGUCAUACUCUACCAGUAUGCAUGGUAAGACCGUCGAUAGUAAUUGCCACGGCGAAGGAACCUGUGCCUGGUUGGAUAAACAACGUUUAUGGUGCUACCGGAAUUGUACUCGCUGUUGCCGUCGGGCUGCUGCAUACUUUGCACUGCGACCCGGAACUGGUCGCCGACAUGAUUCCUGCAGACUACGUCGUCAACACUAUCAUUGUUGCGGCCUGGGAUAUCGCCAAAACUCGAUGUAUCAACGUCGACAAUGAGGUUAACGUCAUGGUCCCGGAGACGGAAGAGGUGCCGAUUUAUAACUCCGUUUCAUCCUGCCAGAAACCCAUUACCUGGGGACAAUUUAUGAAACAUACUAGUAAAUUGGGACUGGAAAUACCAUCCCUGGUGACCGUAUGGAUUCGCUUCUUGAGACUUAAUAAGUAUAGUUGGCUGCACAACAUUUACGUGGUUUUUUGUCACCUUCUUCCUGCUAUCAUUGUGGACAGUUUGGCUAGACUCACCGGACGAAAACCUGUGUUGUGGGACGCGUACAAGAGGAUUCACAAGUUCAGCACUGUGAUCAGAUAUUUUACGCUACGACAGUGGCGGUUUAGUAACAACAGCGUCUUACGACUGUGGGAUAAACUAAGUUCUGCCGAUCAGAGUGUAUUUGACUUCAACGUGGCGGGCCUCAACUGGGAAGAUUACACUUACAGUCACGUUCGUGGUAUCCGUGUAUAUCUUGUGAAGGAUCCUUUAGACACUUUACCAGCAGCGGCAGCGAAAUACACCAGGAUCAAGAUAGCUCACUAUACCCUGUUGACAGCGAUCUGCGGAAUUUUGCUGUGGCUGAUAUGGUCGUUACUACGAGUUAUUGGGUUAUGGUAAUUUCUGGUGAUCGCAAUUUAUCUACAGGAGAAUUUCAACGUGCCAAAAUAAUCUUAAAAUUGUUAUCAAAGCCCAAGAGAAUCGGACUCUUUUACGUGGCUGACAAUGAGUGCUGAUUUCAUAUUGUUUAUAUCAUUGAUACUUGUAGCUAUGCAUACAUAUUAUGUACGAAUUUUUCUAAAAUGUAACUAGAGAAAUUUUCGUAAUACCUACUCUUGAUUGAACGAUUAAAUUUCGGCUGCUACGAAUGUAUCAUCCCGUGUCAUUGCGGAAUCUCUUCUAGGCUACCGUAAGGUGAUUGAAAUGGUUAUUUUAGAUUGAUUAAAUGUGACAAAGGGUUCACGAUUCUUCAGAGAUAAUGCAUACACAUACUGCUGUAUGAAAUUCAUGGAAAAUGACGAAGUUCUACUGACAUUUUGUACGAACGAUGAAAUCCUGGAAGUAUAAAAACUCAGUGUCUACGCUCUGCAGUGUA